AUGAAGUGUCUUAGAAUUGCACCUGUGAUAGCAUUUGCCUCCCGCGCUCUCGCUGCUUCCUCCUAUGGACCUGGUUUUUACUGGAACUCCUCCAGCACAAGCUGCGUGAUUGACUCUACAACCACUCACACCUCCACGAGCACGCUCUACUACACCUACGACGACGUGUAUGCGGACCCAACCUACACCGACUCUGUUGGUAUCGAUGCCACCACCACCGAAUACGUGACUCUAACUGAGACACUCAGCUCAUGUGGCUACUCCAAUGGAACUUCCUCAUGCUCUACUUGGACCACCAAAGAACUUGAAUACUCUUACGAGACAACUGUGAGUGGUCACGUGACUCUUAUUACAUCGGUUGUGCCCUUCCCAACUUCCACUGCUGACCCCACAACCACUGUCACCAAUGGACAAACCGUGUACUUGACUCUCACCGACUGCGACGAUCCAGACUCGUGUUCGACCUGGACGACCUCGGAAGUUGUCAGUGUGUACACUACCUCCAAGAAUGGUCAUUUGACCACCAUCACGAGCGACGUGCCCCUGUCCACAGCCACAGCCACGGACCACCACGUCAAAGACACCACCAGCUCAGAUGUUACACUAGACGUUUACGUGACUGAAACCCUGACUACGAGCUCGUGCGAUCUUUUCAACUCCACUGGAACAAUUUCCUCGAUUGACGACCCCGUCGCGGUGACCUCAACUGUCGACCCUACUUCGUUCGUCACUGUCACCUUGACCAAGUGUGGAGCAAAGGGCAAGUGUACUACGUGGACCACAGAAAAAGCGGUUUCUGCAUCUACCAUCACCGGUGCUGCCAGUGAAGUCGUCUACACAAGCGUUGUGCCCAAUCCCUCCAAAUCUGCUGAUUCUUCCAUCGGCGAUUCGACCGUCACGGUCACCGAGACAGAGGUUUACGGCCCAUCACUGACAACCCUUACCAUCAGAUCCUGCAGUGACAAUAAGUGUCAUCUCGAGACCUCGACGAGAAGUCUCACGACCGCUACCACCACUUCGGACGGAACCGUUACUGUCUAUACGACGUAUUGCCCAUAUUCGGCCAGUACCGUUCCAGUGGUGUCUCCUGCGACCGUUUCACAAAUCAUUGAGGGAACUCCUAGCGUGACUUCCAAGGUGUUCACUUCCAUCAUCUCGGACGUACCAGUGGUGCUGACUACCUACUCCACAGUUUCGUCUUCCAUCAGUACUGUGUUCACGUCGGCCCACAACUCCACCACAGUUCCUGCACUACAGACCGCUGAGAACGCAGCCGGUGCCCUGAGACUCACUUCCGGGGUCUUUGGAUUGAUUUUCGGCCUGGUGCUCGUGAUAUAG